AUGGGAAGGAGCAGUGGCGAAACAGUGGUCAUCGUCGGCGGCGGCAUUGCCGGCGCUCAACUCGCCAAUUCCAUUGAGCAAAUCGCCGACGUCAUCCUCAUCGACCCAAAGGAGUAUUUUGAGAUUCCGUGGGCAAAUUUGAGAUCGAGAGUGGAGCCGGCGUUUGCAGAGAGAUCGGUGAUUAACCACAAGGAGUACUUCAAGUACAGGAAGGUUAUUGUAUCGAAUGCCGUGGACGUCAUGGAGCAAGCGGUUGUGACGGCCGAAGGUCGCCGGGUGCCUUAUGACUACCUUGUCAUUGCGACCGGUCAUCCCUACUCUACGAUCAGACGCAGGAGGGACAGGCUCGAAAAGUUUCAGGAAGAUAACCAGAAGAUAAUAUGUUCUAGCUCGAUCAUGAUCGUCGGCGGCGGCAAGACUGGCGUUGAGCUCGCCGGAGAGAUUGCAGUGGACUUCCCGGACAAAAAGCUGACGCUUGUACACAGAGGGCCGAGAUUAUUGCCAUUUAUAGGACACAAAGCCAGCGCCAAGGCACUCGAGUGGCUCAAGUCGAAGAAUGUGAAGGUGCUUUUGGAGCAAUCAAUCGACGUAGAGUCAAUUUCGGAGUCUGACAGAGAGUUUCAAACGUCGGCCGGAGAAAUAGUUAGAGCUGAUUCUUAUUUUCUUUGCGUUGGGAAGCCGAUUGGCUCUGCUUGGCUUCGGGAUUCUAUACUGAAGGAGUAUUUGGACAGGAGUGGGAGGCUGAUGGUCGAUGAGAACUUCAGAGUUGGCGGCUUAAGCAACAUUUUUGCCAUUGGAGAUAUUACUGAUAUUCCAGAGCUCAAGCAAGGGUUAACAGCCCAAAGGCACGCCAUGAUUCUUGCCAAGAAUUUGAAGAUGCUUGUGAAGGGAGUCAUGGGGGGUAAGCUGGUCAGGUACAAGCCCUCACAGCCACAGGCCUGGAUUUCCUUGGGAAGGAGAGACGCAGUGGUUCAAUUCUCCUUCCUUACAGUUUCAGGUUUCGUGCCAGGUAUGUUCAGGUCGAGAGAUCUAUUCAUCGGCAGGAUGAGAAAAUCCUUGGGCUUAGAAUAA